UUUUCAAUGGCUUCAACGACUCUUGUUUGUGACACGGAGCCUUGGAAGGACUUGAAGGGUCAUGUUAAGGAGAUAGAAAAGACACAUUUACGUGAUUUGAUGAAUGAUGUUGAGCGGUGCAAGUCAAUGAUGGUAGAGUUUGAUGGAAUACUUUUGGACUAUUCCCGGCAACGUGUUCGUCAAGACACUGUGGAAAAGCUAUUCAAACUGGCUGAGGCAGCACAUCUUAAACAAAAGAUCGACAGAAUGUACAGUGGAGAGCGUAUAAACAGUACAGAGAAUAGAUCUGUGCUGCAUAUAGCUUUGCGAGCCCCAAGGGAUAAAGUUAUUUGCAGUGAUGGGAAAAAUGUGGUACCAGAUGUUUGGACUGUUUUAGACAAAAUCAAAGACUUUUCAGAAAGGGUCCGAAGUGGUUCAUGGGUUGGAGCAACAGGAAAGGUAUUAAAAGAUGUUGUGGCUAUUGGUAUUGGUGGCAGCUUUUUAGGCCCACUAUUUGUGCAUACAGCCCUUCAGACAGAUCCAGAGGCUGCAGAAAGUGCAAAAGGACGACAACUGCGAUUUCUUGCAAAUGUAGAUCCAAUUGAUGUUGCUCGUAACAUCACUGGGUUGAAUCCUGAAACAACCUUAGUUGUGGUGGUUUCAAAGACUUUUACGACAGCUGAAACUAUGCUGAAUGCUCGAACAUUGAAGGAGUGGAUUCAAGCUGCUCUUGGGCCUCAGGCAGUUGCAAAGCAUAUGGUUGCUGUCAGCACAAAUAUUCCGCUUGUGAAGGAGUUUGGGAUUGACCCUGCCAAUGCUUUUGCAUUUUGGGACUGGGUUGGUGGUCGCUAUAGUGUUUGCAGUGCUGUUGGUGUGCUGCCUUUAUCUCUCCAAUAUGGUUUUCCAAUUGUCCAGAAAUUUCUGAAUGGAGCUUCUAGCAUCGACAACCAUUUCCAUUCAACUUCAUUUGAAAAGAAUAUACCUGUACUCCUAGGUUUGUUGAGUGUAUGGAAUGUUUCUUUCUUGGGAUAUCCUGCGAGAGCCAUAUUGCCGUACUCUCAAGCACUCGAGAAAUUUGCUCCACAUAUACAACAGGUUAGCAUGGAGAGUAAUGGAAAAGGUGUAUCCAUUGAUGGUAUUCCCCUUCCCUUUGAGGCUGGUGAAAUAGAUUUUGGAGAACCUGGAACAAAUGGUCAGCAUAGCUUCUACCAGCUAAUCCAUCAGGGAAGAGUUAUUCCUUGUGAUUUCAUCGGUAUUGUAAAAAGCCAGCAACCUAUUUACUUGAAAGGGGAAGCAGUGAGUAACCAUGAUGAGCUGAUGUCAAAUUUUUUUGCACAGCCAGAUGCUCUUGCUUAUGGGAAGACUCGAGAACAGUUGCUUGGUGAGAAGAUCCCUAACCACCUUAUUCCUCACAAGACUUUUUCUGGCAACCGUCCAUCACUAAGUCUACUACUACCCUCAUUAAGUGCUUACAACAUUGGACAGCUGCUAGCCAUAUAUGAGCACAGAAUUGCAGUUGAAGGUUUCAUAUGGGGGAUUAACUCUUUCGACCAAUGGGGUGUGGAGUUGGGCAAGUCACUGGCCACUCAAGUCAGGAAGCAACUCAACCUUUCUCGCACAAAAGGGGAGCCUGUUGCAGGUUUUAAUUUCAGUACCUCCACUUUGUUAACAAGAUACCUUGAGGGGGACUCUGGCGUACAAUCCAAUUCUACUAUGCUACCAAAAAUGUGAUCCAAAGACAGUCUCAUGUCAUACUGUUUUGAUCUGAUCUAUUGGCGAAGAAGUAAACCUUGGCUGAGUAUUUAUCUGUUUGGAAUAAAAUCUUUGAAAUUUUCAACGUCUGUGACGUCAAUUUUAAUAUUACUUUUUGUGCAAAUAUAGUUUCAAGUGGCCUGUGAAAAAUGAUAAUCUAUAAUAAUCUCAAAUUGGAUGACUUUUUUCCCACUCUAAAAUAUAUCUGAUGCUGGUGGCAAUUUUGCA